AUGGAUCACGAAGAACAACAAGAAUACAACCCCAUCUCAUACAACGAGAACAAUGGCUCGUGGGCAGGCGCGCUCCCCACCAAACAGGGCCUGUACGACCCCGAGUACGAAAAAGAUGCCUGUGGUGUCGGUUUUGCCUGUAACAUCAAGGGCCAACAAUCGCACAAGAUCAUUUCCGACGCCAAGAAUCUGCUCUGCAACAUGACCCACCGAGGAGCCGUGGGAUCCGACGCACGAGACGGAGAUGGAGCAGGAGUCAUGACCUCCAUCCCCCACAAGUUCAUCAAAAAGGAGUUUAAGCGGCUCUACGACUUCGAGCUGCCUCCCAUGGGUCAGUACGCCUGCGGUAACCUCUUCUUCAAAAACGACCAGGACGUGCUGGCGAAGUCCAAGGACACGUUUGAGUCCAUUGCCAAGUCUCUGGGCCUUGAGGUGCUCGGCUGGCGAUUCGUCCCCCGAGACUCCUCUAUUCUUGGUCCCGCUGCUCUGUCUCGAGAGCCUCUGAUCCUGCAGCCGGUGGUUGUGCUGUCUGAGGCCUUCAAGUCAGGCCCUCACACUGAGGACGAAUGGGACUCCAAGUUCGAGAAGCUGUUUGAGUUGCAGCUUUACGUGCUCCGAAAGCAGUCCACUCACACCAUUGGUUUGCACAACUGGUUCUACAUUUGUUCGCUGUCGAACAAGAACAUGGUCUACAAGGGCCAGCUUGCUCCCGUCCAGGUCUACAACUACUACUACGAUCUGCUCAACGUCGACUACGAGGGCCACUUUGCUCUGGUCCACUCGCGAUUCUCCACAAACACUUUCCCCUCUUGGGACCGAGCCCAGCCUCUGCGAUGGGCCGCACACAACGGUGAGAUCAACACCCUGCGAGGAAACAAGAACUGGAUGCGAGCCCGAGAGGGAAUGAUGAAAUCUGGUCUGUUUGGAGACGAACUUGAGCGACUCUACCCCAUUGUCGAGGAGGGAGGAUCCGAUUCCGCUGCCUUUGAUAACGUCCUUGAGCUGCUGGUCAUCAAUGGUGUCCUGUCCAUGCCCGAGGCCGUUAUGAUGAUGAUUCCAGAGGCCUGGCAGAACAACACCACCAUGGACUCCAAGAAGCGAGCUUUCUACGAGUGGGCUGCUUGCCUUAUGGAGCCCUGGGACGGCCCUGCUCUUUUCACUUUUGCCGACGGACGGUACUGUGGUGCUAACCUCGAUCGAAACGGUCUACGACCCUGCCGAUACUACAUCACCGACGACGACCGAAUGAUCUGUGCCUCUGAGGUGGGUGUCAUUCUGAUCGAGUCCGAGAAGGUGAUCCAGAAGGGCCGACUCCGACCAGGACGAAUGCUGCUGGUUGAUACCAAGGAGGGACGAGUCGUUGAUGACCGAGAGCUCAAAAAGAAGAUUGCUGGCCGAGUGGACUUCAAGUCGUGGAUCCACGCCAACGUCAUCACCAUGGAGGACAUGCGACAGAAGGUUGAGUCCAAGAUGCCCUCCAUUCUCGAGGUCAAGAUCGACGAGCUCUCUGUCCAGAGCGAUCCCCGUCUCCCUGCGUUCGGAUACACUGCUGAGCAGCUUUCUCUGCUGCUGGCACCCAUGGCUGCCACUGCCAAGGAGGCUCUUGGAUCUAUGGGUAACGACGGACCUCUGGCUUGCCUCGCAAAGCAGCCCAAGGUGCUGUUUGACUACUUCCGACAGCUGUUUGCUCAGGUCACUAACCCUCCCAUCGAUCCCAUUCGAGAGGCUAUUGUCAUGUCCCUGGAGUGCUACGUUGGACCCCAGGGUAACGUGCUUGAGAUGAACCCCAGCCAGUGCAACCGUCUGCUGCUUCCCUCUCCUAUUCUGACCAUCCAGGAGACUGCAAUGCUGCACGAGAUGCACAGACACUACCCCAAGUGGACCACAGAUACCAUUGAUAUCACUUUUGACAAAUCUGAGGGCCCCGCUGGCUACCUGAAGGCUCUUGACAGAAUCUGUGAGGAGGCCUCCAACUCCAUCCACGCCAAGCACCAGAUCAUCAUCCUAUCCGACAAGAAGACUUCUGCUGACCGAGUCCCUGUCUCUUCUGUUGUGGCCUGUGGUGCUGUUCACCACCACCUUGUGCAGCAGAAGCAGCGAUCUCGAGUUGCCCUGAUUGUCGAGACUGCCGAGGCCCGAGAGGUACACCACUUCUGUGUUCUGCUCGGAUACGGCGCUGACGCUAUCAACCCCUACUUGGCUAUCGAGACCCUUGCCAAGAUGAACCGGGAGGGUCUUAUCAAGGAACCUCUUUCUGACGACCAGAUUGUGGCCAACUACAAGACAGCCGUUGACGGCGGUAUUCUGAAGGUCAUGUCCAAGAUGGGUAUCUCUACUCUCGCGUCUUACAAGGGUGCCCAGAUCUUUGAGAUUCUUGGUAUCGACAACUCUGUAGUCGACAAGUGCUUCGCCGGUACUGCUUCGCGAAUCAAGGGUAUCACCUUUGACUUCAUUGCAGAGGAUGCCAUUGCCCUUCACGAGCGAGGUUUCCCCUCGCGAGAGACUGUCAAGACCAAGUCUCUGCCCGAGUCUGGAGAGUACCACUACCGAGAUGGUGGAGACCCCCACGUCAACACCCCCGUUGCCAUCUCGAACAUCCAGGAUGCUGUUCGAAACAAGAACGAGAAGGCUUAUGAGGCUUACUCUAAGGCCGAGUACGAAGCCAUCAAGGACUGUACUCUCCGAGGUCUGCUUGAUUUCGACUUCGAUGCCGCUACCCCUGUCCCCAUUGAUCAGGUUGAGCCCUGGACCGAGAUUGUUCGACGAUUCGUCACUGGUGCCAUGUCCUACGGUUCCAUCUCAAUGGAGUCCCAUUCUACUCUUGCCGUUGCCAUGAACCGACUUGGUGGUAAGUCCAACACCGGUGAGGGUGGUGAGGACCCCGAGCGAUCCGCUGUUGCUGAGAAUGGAGACACUAUGAGAUCUGCCAUCAAGCAGAUUGCCUCUGGUCGAUUUGGUGUCACUUCGUACUACCUUUCUGACGCCGAUGAGCUCCAGAUCAAGAUGGCUCAGGGUGCCAAACCCGGUGAGGGUGGUGAGCUUCCCGGACACAAGGUGUCUGAGCAGAUUGGUAAGACUCGACACUCCACUCCUGGUGUCGGUCUCAUUUCUCCUCCUCCCCACCACGACAUUUACUCUAUUGAGGAUCUCAAGCAGCUUAUCUACGACCUCAAGUGCUCUAACCCUCGAUCUCGAGUCUCUGUGAAGCUGGUGUCCGAAGUCGGUGUCGGUAUCAUUGCCUCCGGUGUUGCCAAGGCUAAGGCUGACCACAUUCUCAUUUCUGGUCACGAUGGUGGAACUGGUGCCUCUCGAUGGACCGGUAUCAAGUACGCCGGUCUCCCCUGGGAGUUGGGUCUUGCUGAGACUCACCAGACUCUGGUUCUGAACGAUCUGCGAGGUCGAGUCACUGUCCAGACCGAUGGUCAGAUCCGAACCGGUCGAGAUGUUGCCAUUGCCUGUCUUCUCGGAGCCGAGGAGUGGGGAUUUGCUACUACUCCUCUCAUUGCCAUGGGCUGCAUCAUGAUGCGAAAGUGCCAUCUCAACACUUGUCCCGUCGGUAUUGCCACCCAGGACCCCGAGCUGCGACAGAAGUUCAAGGGUACCCCCGAGCAUGUGAUCAACUUCUUCUACUACAUUGCCAAUGAGCUUCGAGGAAUCAUGGCUCAGCUUGGAUUCCGAACCAUUGACGAGAUGGUUGGCCACGCCGAGAUGCUGCGAGUCCGAGACGAUCUUCGAAACCACAAGACCAAGAACCUGGAUCUGACUCCCAUUCUCACUCCUGCUCACACCCUUCGACCUGGUGUUGCUACCCGAAAGGUUCGAAAGCAGGACCACCGACUCCAUGUCCGACUCGACAACAAGCUCAUUGACGAGGCUGAGGUCACUCUGGACAAGGGUCUUCCCGUCACCAUUGACUGUGACAUCAUCAACACUGAUCGAUCUCUUGGUUCCACACUCUCCUACCGAAUCUCCAAGCGGUUUGGUGAGGCUGGACUGCCUGACGACACUGUUCACGUCAAUGUCAAGGGUUCUGCGGGUCAGUCGUUUGGUGCCUUCCUGGCACCCGGUAUCACUCUGGAACUGGAGGGAGACUGUAACGAUUACGUUGGUAAGGGUCUUUCUGGAGGCCGAAUCGUCGUCUAUCCUCCCAAGAACUCUGUUUUCAAGGCUGAGGAGAAUAUCAUCGUUGGUAACACUUGUUUGUACGGUGCUACUUCCGGUACUUGUUUCUUCCGAGGUGUUGGUGCCGAGCGUUUCGGUGUCCGAAACUCCGGUGCCACUGCCGUUGUUGAGGGCUGUGGAGACCACGGCUGCGAGUACAUGACUGGAGGUCGUGUUGUUGUUCUCGGCUCCACUGGCCGAAACUUUGCCGCCGGUAUGUCUGGUGGUAUUGCCUACGUGCUUGACAUGGGCCAGGAGUUUGUCAACAACGUCAACUCCGAGACUGUUGAGCUGGGCCCUGUCUCUGAUCCCCAGGAGAUUGCUUUCCUGCGAGGCCUGAUUGAGGACCACCGACACUACACCGGUUCCGAGCUGGCUGACCGAGUUCUCACAGACUUCAACCGAAUCUUGCCCCGGUUUGUCAAGGUACUGCCCACCGAUUACGCUCGAGUUCUGGAGGAGCAAGCUGCCAAGGUUGCUGAGGCCAAGAAGCGAGAGGUCUCUGGCUACAUGCAUGCCAUCAAGGAGGACCCUGACGCCGACAUCACCAACGGUGAGCUCAAGCGAGCUGCUACCCCCAAGCCUUGUGCCACUCCUCGGUCCCGAAAGGAGCCUCCUGUUCAGGAUCUGGAGGACGCCAUUCUCGACCACAACGCCACAAAGGCCAAGGCUUCCAAGCUGGUCAAGCUCGAUAAGACCCGAGGUUUCAUGAAGUACACUCGACGUGCUGAGAAGUAUCGAGAUGCCAAGAACCGAACCAAGGACUGGGACGAGAUGAACACCCGACUGACCAAGGAGGAGCUGAAGUAUCAGACUGCCCGAUGCAUGGACUGUGGUGUCCCCUUCUGCCAGUCUGACACUGGAUGCCCUAUUUCCAACGUCAUCCCCAAGUGGAACGAGCUCGUGUUCCAGGACCGAUGGCAGGAUGCUCUCGACAGACUUCUGAUGACCAACAACUUCCCCGAGUUCACUGGACGAAUCUGUCCCGCUCCUUGUGAGGGUGCCUGUGUUCUGGGUAUCAACGAGGACCCUGUUGGUAUCAAGUCCAUCGAGUGUGCCAUUAUCGAUCACGGUUUCGAGCAGGGCUGGAUUAAGCCCAAGCCCCCCGCCACUCGAACUGGUAAGACCAUUGCCAUUAUUGGUUCUGGUCCUGCGGGUCUGGCUGCUGCCGAUCAGCUCAAUAAGGCAGGCCACUCUGUGACUGUCUACGAGCGAGCUGACCGAAUUGGAGGUCUCCUCAUGUACGGUAUCCCCAACAUGAAGCUGGACAAGCGGGUUGUUGAGCGACGAGUCCAGUUGAUGCGAGACGAGGGUGUCACUUUUAUUACCAACACCGAGGUCGGUGAGGACAAGGAAGUUUCUGUGUCUGGUCUGCGAGCUGACAAUGAUGCUGUCGUUCUGUGUGUCGGAUCCACCAUUCCUCGAGACUUGCCCAUCAAGAACCGAUCUCUCAACAACAUCAAUUUCGCCAUGCAGUUGCUCCGAUGGAACACGAAGUCUCUGCUUGACGGUGACAUGGAUGAGGUUCGAGAGUCCCUCAAGGACAAGCACGUUGUUGUCAUUGGUGGUGGAGACACUGGUAACGAUUGUCUGGGUACUUCUACUCGACACGGAGCGAAGUCCGUCACCAACUUCGAGCUGCUUCCACGACCUACCCCUGCUCGACCCAAGGACAACCCCUGGCCCCAGUGGCCUCGAAUCUUCCGAGUCGACUAUGGUCACACUGAAGUGGCUGCUCACUACGGCAAGGAUCCCCGAGAGUACGGUAUCCUGUCCAAGGAGUUUGUUGACGACGGAGAGGGCAAUGUCAAGGGUAUCAAGACUGUUCGAGUUGAGUGGAAGCAGUCUGAGUCUGGCGCCUGGCAGAUGAGCGAGAUUCCCGGCUCUGAGGAGUUCUUCCCCGCCGACGUGGUUCUGCUGUCCAUGGGUUUCGUUGGUCCCGAGGCCCAGGAGCUCGCUGCUGAGCGAGACGGACGAGGAAACAUCAAGACUCAGACCGGCGAUGUCAAGGAUCUUGGACUCUACAAGGUCCAGGACAACCUGUUCACUGCCGGUGACUGUCGACGAGGACAGUCUCUGGUUGUCUGGGGUAUCCAAGAGGGUCGACAGUGUGCUCGAGCUGUUGAUCACUUCCUUAUGGGAUGCACUCGACUGCCCGGUAACGGUUCCAUUGAGCAGCGAGAUCUCAAGCUCAAAUAG